UUCUCAUUAAAAAUUGAUGAUUUUUAUACUAUUUAAUUAAGAUUAUAAAAAUAUUUUUCAAUUAAGCCCACGAUUGAGUUAUGGUGCCAUAGACUUAUGGAAUCCUUUUAACAGUUUCAAAAGUGAAUAGGCAGAUCAAAAUCGCUAAUCCCUAAAGAUACAUUAUUUGCAGAUCGGAAGCUCUUGUUUGUUGGCUUCAAUGUCGUCCCAUAAGAAGAAAAGGAAUAAGAAGUUGCUUAAUCCAUCGCCGUUGUUCCCGCUAUCGACCGCAAACUUGUCACUUCCUCAUGAUUUGCUAUUGAACUGCAUCGGACGCCUCUCGAGAUUGUACUACCCGACUCUCUCCCUCGUUUGCAAAAGCUACCGAUCUCUCAUUGCUUCGCCAGAGCUUUACAAGACCCGUUCCCUUUUAAACCGCACAGAGAGCUGUCUCUAUGUUUGCUUACAGUUAUCUCCUGACUCUAACCCUAGAUGGUUUACUCUCAGCCGGAGACCGAAUCGAACCCUAGCUAGGAAUAAGAAGCUUAGUGACUAUCUUUUGGUUCCAGUCACAUCUCCCCAUGUUACUUCUGUUCGGUCGAGUUCAGUCGCUGUUGGUUCUGAUAUCUACGAAAUAGGCGGACUCAUCAAUGGCGUGCCUUCCUCUAGUGUCUCGGUUCUGGACUGCCGGUCUAACUCGUGGCACCAGGCUCCAAACAUGCAGGUGGGCAGGUCGUUUCCAUCAGCUAAUGUCAUUGAUGGAAAGAUACUUGUUAAAGGAGGUCUGGAGCUUAAAGACGUGAAUUCAUCCAAGUGGGUAGAGGUUUUCGAUCCAAAUACUCAAAACUGGACGACUGUGUCAUUUACAUGUGGAUCUAGAGAAUGGCAAUCAGAUGAUGAUAAUGGAAUGGCACGGCAUUCAUCUUCUUUUUGCCUGAUUGAUGACGUGUCUUACUGUUUUGACAACAGAAAGUUAAAAUGGUUUGACGAUAAGGUUGGAUAUUGGAGAUUCGCAACGGGUUUGGAAGGUGUGCCUAAGUGUCUUCUGGGUUUUAACACUUCUUGUCAUGUUCACUUGGCGGAUUAUGGUGGAAAGAUGGUGGUUUUAUGGGACAGACAUGAUCGUUCUAGCAAUUGUCAGGGAAGGACUAUUUGGUGUGCGGUGAUUGCCCUGGAAAGGUGUAGUAGUGAAGAGAUUUCGGGGACCGUCGAGUGGUCUGAAGCUGUGCUUAAAGUCCCCAACUCUUUUGAAUUCGUGCAUGUUCUUGCUGCUACAGUUUGAUGGAAACACAAUUGAGACAUGUGUUUAAUCAAUCAGUACAAUUCUGGUUUCAGUCUUAUGGUGACUUGUCUCUGUGUCUUUAGCUGUUUUUUUUUUCACUUGUAUACCUCUACUAGCGUUUCCAAAAAUUUUUAGAUUUUUAAUGGUCUACUUAUGUUAUUGGCUUAUUGCUUUACUGCUACAAUGCAUUUGAAACAUUAUCAGCGCCGCCCUUGCCUAUCACAGGCCCUACUCAAAACUAAAAGUGUGCUUUGGUCAGCUAUGUGAGUUUAAGAAUGUUACCGUUCUAUGUUGUCUAACGUUUACUGUUCUGGAUACCUGUAGCAUUUUUAAAAAAAUACUUCAAGUCAAGUAUUAUGAGUGCAUUUCUCUUUUAAGACACAUUUUUUAGUUUUUUAACAGCCUAAGACACUUCUUGCAGGCACAUUCACGGUAGUCCGAAGUUUGUUUGCUUUAGGAAAAUUGGAGUGGAUAGCUACGAAAUAAAGCAUAAUUAAAUAUCUAACAACAAAAAAAGUAUCUCCAUUAUUUAUGUAAUAUAUACUAUAAUACCCUUAGUAACCGGUUUCAUCCUUAGUAACCGGUUAAUGAAAGAUGAAAAUAUAUCUACUUCUUCUUUUGUAUUUAUCGUCUCCUUAAAGACUAUUUCUUUUUAUAUCAAUCAAUAUCCCUUUUUCAUAAUUAAUCUCACCUCAUUCAUAUUCACAUUCAUUCCUGAACCACCAUCACCAUAGCCAUGAAAUCUACAGAUCACGACGGCGUUACGGUCGAGGCGCCCUCAUUUGUAUCGUAAGUUCUUGGUUGUACUAUGCUAUUUGGACAAUAUGUACUAUGUUAUUUCGUUUGUUACUCUUUUAUUUAAUAUGCUUCAUAUUAUUUACUACAUGCAUAUUUUGAUAUUUGGGUUAGGAUUUAGUGAUUAGUGUUUUAGGUUUAGUUUAUGGAAGGUUUGGGUUGACGUUGGGUAAGCAUUACCUCCUUCCUGCAAUCAUAAACAUUUCAAAAUUUGAAAAAUAUGCACUAUGCUAUUUUGUUUGUUACUAUUCUAUUUGAUAAUGCUUCAUAUUAUGUACUAUGUGUAUAUUUUGAUAUUUGGGUUAGAGUUUAUAUUUUCUUUUAGAGUUUAGUGAUUAGUGUUUUGGGUUUAGUUUAUGGAAGGUGUGGAUCGAGGUUGGGGUAAGCAUUACCUCUUUCCUCCAAUUAGAAACAUUUCAAAAUUUGAAAAAUAAGUACUAUACUAUUUCGUUUGUUACUAUUCUAUUCGAUAAUGCUUCAUAUUAUGUACUAUGUGCAUAUUUUGAUAUUUGGGUUAGGGUUUAUAUUUCCUUUUAGGGUUUAGGGUUUAGUGAUUAAUGUUUUGGGUUUAGUUUAUAGAAUUUUUGGGUUGACGUUGGGGUAAGCAUUAUCUCCUUCUUUGCAAUCAUAGACAUUUUAAAAUUUAUACAAUAUAUACUAUGUUAUUUCGUUUAUGUUCCAUUUUAUCUAUCUUUUAUCAUAGUCAUUCCUUUAUAAUCACUGUCAUCUUUUAUAUACUUCAACAUAAUUUAUUUACCGGUAACUUGUAUAGAAGAAAGAUAUAACCGGAAGAAAAAAAACAAAAGCUAGGAAAUCUAAUUAUGUCAAAAUCAAUGUUAUAUCUAGGCCUAGUUAUAUCCUUAAUUUUAUCUCCAAAAUUGGCUAUUACACAAAUUAGCCAUUUGCUUUAUGUGUCGAGGAAUUAUUACGGUAGGUUUAUAGGAAAAAAAGCUUUUUUGAGUUGUUAGAUGUGGUUAGUAAAAGUAGAUCUUUGGGCUAGGAUUAUUUAAAUUUUUUAAUAUUACUAUUAUCAAUUCUCCACCUAUUUAUUUAUGUGAUUAUUUUCAAAUAUUAAAUUAUAUAAAUAAAUAAAUUUGAUAUAAUAAGCUAUAACUUUUUAUCUUCUACAUUUUAAGUUCCAUUUUCAUAUAUAUAUUUUAUAUAUUUUAACAAUUAUACAAGAAUGCAAGUAUAUUAAAAAAUUGGAUGGGAAAUUUUUUGACAUGUACAGAAAAUACGUAAACAAAAAAGAGUGGACAUGAAUGGAUGAAAAAGGUGAAAAACUAAAAAACUAACACAAAAUUGUAUGUGUUCGUAGCUAGGAAGCUUAGCAAAAAAAGUUCUUGUGGACAAAUCUUGUUUAAAGAGAUUGGAGGUUAAAUUCUGCCGAACAAAGCUUUUAAUUGCUUUUCUUUCCCUAAUCAUUUUGACUAAAUGUGUGGACAUGGAUACAAAAAAUUUGAGCGGACAAAACAUUGACAUGUGCGGAGAAUACAUAAACAAAGAAUAUGUGAACAUGGAUCGAUGAAAAAUCCAUGAACAAAAAGACGUAGGUAGAGAAAGAUGGAGAAGUUUAUGAGUACAAGUUACAAUGGACAAAAAACGUAGAUAGAUAGAUAAACAUGGACAAACAUUACUGUAACGCCCCGAACGUCCACAUCUAAUGGGCCACCCACACCCGUUCUCUCGGCCCGUGGGCCCAUCCCGUUCUAGCGAUCGGUCCGUUAAAUUUUUUAAAGGCUCGAAAUCAUUGUUUACUGACCCUGCAAUCACCACCCGACCUUUUCCCAUGCUUUGGCCUCACUC